AUGUCCGACAAAGAAGUGAUUAUUAUCGGCGCCGGUCCCUCAGGCAUCUGCGCAGGCGUCCAACUCCAACGCCUCCUCGGACACAAGAACGUCCACUUCUACGAGCGCUCCGCCGACCUCGGUGGCGUCUGGUUUAACAACACCUACCCGGGCUGCGCCGUCGACAUACCUGCGCACUUCUACUCAUACAGCUUCGCCCUGAAACCCGACUGGCCCAAGCUCUUCCCCGUGCGCCAGGACCUCUACGACUACUUUCACGACAUCGCCGAGGAGUACGAUCUGACCAGGCGCAUGACCUUCAAUACCGAGUGCUAUGGCAUGUCUUGGGACCAGCAGCGGUCGCUGUGGACGGUGCAGUUCCGCAGGACCAACGAUCACUCUGUGACCUUUGAGCGCGAGGCCCCGGUUGUGAUCUGCGCGAUUGGAAAGCUGGAUCUUCCCAACAUACCCAACAUCAAGGGGCGUGAGUCGUUUGGUGGCGCUCAGUUCCACUCUGCGCGCUGGGACCACUCCGUCGACAUCAAGGGGAAGAACGUCGUGGUUCUAGGUAACGGUGCCAGCAGCACACAGUUUGUCCCGAAGAUUGUUCCGAUAGCAGGGAAGACGACGCAGAUUGUUCGCUCAGCGCAUUAUAUCCAGGAACGGCUGAACCCACAUUACUCACCGACAUUCCAGUGGAUGAUGAGGUACAUUCCUGGCGCGUGUCGUGCGUACAGAUGGAGUUGGUAUAUCCGCAUGGAGAGGCAGUUCAAUGCGUUCUGGCUCACGCCCAGUGGUGAGAAGGCUCGAGUUGCUGUCGCGCAGGAGACGUGGGAUUACAUUGACAAGGCUGCGCCGGAGAAGUACAAGCAGAUUCUCCGCCCGGACUACCUCGUUGGGUGCAGACGUCGUGUACACUCGAACAAAUAUCUCGAGAGCUUGCACGCCGACAACGUUGAACUGAUACAGGAUGAUGUGAUUGAGAUCACGAACGACACCGUCAUCACCAAGUCCGGUAGGAGGAUUCCUGCAGACGUCAUCAUCUACGGUACUGGCUUCCGGACACAGGACUGGCUCUGGCCGAUGAAGAUCUACGGCGUCGACGGCCAGGAGAUGCACGAGGUCUGGAAGCAACGCAAACAAGUACAGGCGUACUGGGGUACUGCCCAUGACCAGUUCCCGAAUUGGUAUACUCUGUACGGCCCCAACACAGGCUCGGGACACAAUUCCGUCAUUUAUCAAACAGAGUGCCAGGUCAACUUCAUGUGCCGGCUGUUGAAACCAGUAUUGAACGGUAACGCGAAGUCGGUGAUGCCGAAGUACGAAGCGCAGCAGAAUUUCAACAGCUGGGUCAAUGCACAGCUGCCAAAGAUGACUUUCAGCUCCGGCUGCACGAGCUGGUUCAUCGACAAGAAUGGCCAUAACUCUUACGUGUUCCCAAAUUAUACCUUUAUGUUCUGGCUGAAUACUGUGAUGAUCAACUGGAAUCAGGUCCAGGUUGACUACCCGAAGAACACCGGAUACAAGGGCAAGAGUACCUCAAAGGCUCCUUAUGCACUAUUACUUGCUGGUCUAGCAGCAGCAGGGCUUUUAGCUACUGGUCAGGUGACCACGGACUCGUUGACACGAACGGGCGAGAUGCUAAUUGAGCGGGUGCGUCAUCGGAGCUUCUUUUAA